GUUAAUUUUGGCGUAUAUUGAGUGUUCUUGACUACUUAAUUAGGGUGUAUGCAUGUCGAUGAACAUCUUCAUUUUGUUGAUAUGCUCGAUGACAUCAUCACAAUAUCUUCUAUCUUAUCAUGGUUUGAUUGAUCUUUGUAGUACUUGGUGGUAUUCCAACUAUGCUAUAGUUGGCGAAGGUAUGAUUUUCCUAUUAGUUAUACCCCUAAUUCGUACUAUUAACGAUCAUUGGCCUCAAGUACUGAACUCACAGGCUCCACCAGUAACCCAAGAUUCUCGUCCGAGGUGGUGCGUCAAAGUGAAGUCAUACACCAUAUAAAUAUAAAUCCAAAUACUUGUUGAUAAUGGUGCGUAUAACUUGUCAGUUAUUCCUUAGUCGGGUAGAUCCUAUCCAGUUUUCUUUAAACAAUGAGCGACCCAGCAAACCCAAAUAUUCAAAUGAGGACGACGCCUCAAUGGGCGUUAUACCAGCGAGAGAACUUCUGGAAGCUCAACGAGAGCCAGACACCUCCUUUUAACACGGAUCCUAUAAAACUUGAGCAAUUGGCUCAUGAGAAGCUCAGCCAAGGUGGUUGGUACUAUGCAUCCUCCAAUGCAGGAAUGUCCAACACCCAUCUGGCCAACCGUCAAGCCUUCUUCCGUCAUCGCAUCAUCCCCCGACAGCUAGUGGAUACCAACCUGCGCGACACCACCAGGGAAAUCUUCGGGCACCGCGUAUCGGCCCCGAUCGGGUUUGCUCCCAUUGGAAUCAACAAGAUCUACCACCCAUCGGCAGAAGCCGCAGUCGCCAAGGUUGCAGGCGAACUCAAUCUCCCCUACUGCCUGUCUACGGCUGGGAGCAUGCCGAUCGAGAAAGUUGCGGAGGCAAAUGGCAAGGGACCACGGUUUUAUCAACUGUAUAUGCCACACGAUGACGAGCUAACAUUAUCCCUCCUCAAUCGGGCGUGGGAAUCUGGGUUUGACGCUCUUAUCCUCACCACUGAUACCUGGCAGCUGGGGUGGCGACAUGACGAUGUGGCCACUUCCAAUUAUGCCUUCUACCGUGGGGUUGGUGCCGAUCUAGGCUUGACGGAUCCUGUAUUCCAAAAACGAUGUCGGGAAGCGGGCAUCGACCCCGAGAAGGACGUUGUCGCGGCCUCAGCAAAAUGGAUUGACUCGGUCUGGCACGGACGAGCAUGGUCAUGGGAGAAAAUCCCCUGGUUAAUCGAGCAAUGGAAGAAGAUAUCAGGUGGACGGCCAUUUGCCGUCAAGGGUAUCCAAUCGGUUGCAGACGCGAAAAAAUGUGUCGAAUAUGGCGUCGACGGUAUCGUGGUGAGUAACCAUGCCGGUCGGCAGGUGGAUGGGGCGAUCGCAAGUCUUGACGCAUUGGAGAACAUCGCCAAUGCUGUUGGCGACCAGAUCUAUAUCAUGUAUGAUUCUGGAAUCCGGGGUGCUAGCGAUGUGGCGAAGGCGCUUGCAUUGGGGGCGCGGUUCGUCUUCAUCGGGCGGCUUUGGAUUUGGGGGCUCAGUAUCAUGGGAGAGGAAGGCGUCCGGCAUGUUAUGAAGUCACUGCUCGCUGACUUGGACAUUUUCAUGGCUGUUGCGGGAUUCAACAACGUGGAGGAAUUUGAUCGAUCGAUUUUAGAGUCAUAUCCGAAAGCAUAUACCCUUAUUCCAGACAAGGUCUUGUGAUUGAUGAAAGAUGGCGGGAUGCAUUUAGAGUGCGAUGCGUCGCAAGAGUAUAUACACAAUUCUAUACUAAUACAUCCACCUUCGGAUGAAGUAAACUUGCUUUUUUUUUUUGGGCGGAUCUGAGAACCAUAAGUAUAUUAAUGUAAGUUCCACUUCUUUCAAACGGCAAUCUAUCUCCGG